CCCAUUCACUCGUGUGGCGAUACACUUACAAGAAAAAGGACACGGUUUUAUGAAUUAUUAAGGAUUAUAGUUCAAAAGACAAAAUCAUCUGUAAGAUGUUGUUGGCUGCCUUCACUUCCAUCUGUUUUAACUUUUGACUGUCUCGAAAUGCAUGAAAAUGGUUAAGAAGUCUCUUGUUGCUGGGCUGAUGGUCUUGCUUGUGGCUGCAGUUGGUUUUUUCAUUGGUGUGUAUUUGGGGAUCAGAAACAGGAAACUCGCUGUAUCCUCGGACCACUUCUACUCAAAAGCAGCAGUGGCAGCAGAUGCCGGGACGUGCUCUGAGGUUGGGAGGGACAUCUUAAAGCGCAAUGGUUCAGCAGUUGAUGCUUCCAUUGCUACUCUAUUGUGUGUGGGGCUGUUUAAUGCACACAGCAUGGGCAUCGGAGGAGGGCUGUUCUUCACCAUAUACAAUGCAGCAACAGGAAAGGUGGAGACAAUUGAUGCCAGAGAAACUGCUCCAAUGAACGCUUCAGAGAACAUGUUUGGCAAUAACACCCAGCUGUCACGGAAAGGAGGGUUAUCCAUCGCCAUACCAGGAGAAAUCCGUGGUUACGAGAUGGCGCACAAAAGACAUGGGAGACUGCCAUGGAGGGAACUGUUUCAGCCCAGUAUAGAAUUGGCACGCAAUGGUUUUCCAGUUGGCAGGCCCUUGGCCAAUGCCAUUGCAAAAAACAAAGAAUCAAUUCUGAGUGACGUGAUGUUGUGUGAAGUGUUUUGUGACUCAAACAAAAACCUCCUGAGGGAAAGUGAUAUCAUUAGAUUUCUCAAACUCGCUGACACCUACGAGAGGAUAGCGGAAGAAGGGCCCGAUGUUUUUUACAACGGAUCUAUGGCCCAGAACAUAGUAGAUGAUAUCCAGGCUGCAGGAGGGAUUAUAACACUUGAGGACCUAAUGGAAUAUGAGCCAGUGUUAAAUGAGACUCCGUUGAAGUUAACUGUGGGGGAGUACACCAUUAAUAUUCCUGAUGCUCCAUCCAGUGGACCUGUCCUCGCCCUAAUUCUUAACAUAGUGGAUGGUUACAACUUCUCAAACAGCAGUGUGUCUACAGCAGAGAAGAAGACUUUGACAUAUCACCGCAUCGUAGAGGCAUUUCGUUUUGCUUAUGCAAAGAGGAGUAAAUUGGGAGACCCGCGUUACCUCAACAUUACUGACCUCAUCCAAAACAUGACCUCGGACUACUUUGCAGACAACAUCAGGAGUAAAAUCACAGAUGACACCACUCACCCAGACAUCUACUACGAUCCCGAGUACUUUGUACCCGAUGACCACGGCACGGCUCACCUGUCAGUCAUCGCAGAGGAUGGGAGCGCGGUGGCGGCCACCAGCACCAUCAACCUUUAUUUUGGCUCUAAGGUGAUGUCACGCUCAACUGGGAUUAUCUUUAAUGAUGAGAUGGAUGAUUUCAGCUCUCCUUACAUUACUAAUGGCUUUGGGGUUCCCCCUUCACCCAACAACUUCAUUCAGCCAGGUAAAAGACCACUUUCAUCGAUGUGUCCCACGAUAAUAUUUGACAAAGACAACAGAGUCAAAAUGGUGGUUGGGGCCUCAGGUGGGACGAAAAUCACUACAGCAACUGCUCUGGUGAUCCUGAACUCAUUAUUCUUUCACUACGAUCUUAAGAAAGCGGUUACAGAACCAAGAGUCCACAACCAACUCAAUCCCAACAUGACAGUUGUGGAACAGGACUUUGAGCAGAGUGUUCUUGAUGGCUUGGCUCAGAAGAAUCAUGUAACGGAGCUGCUGAGAACCCCAGGAGCAGUAGUGCAGGCCAUUGUGCGACAAGGGGACAAACUUUGCGCUGAAUCUGAUCCUAGGAAAGGCGGCUAUCCUGCAGGAUACUGAAUGCCGUCGCCACUCCCUCUCACCCUUCUCACAUUUUCUGGACUUUCGUUCAUUGUUGACAAGAUCAAGAACCAGGAAAAACUAAUGUACACAUUCAAAAACAAUGCACCUCUCAGUCCAACAAUCAACAUGGACUGUGGACUAUCCAUGGACUAUGACUAUUGCAUAAAUACUCCCUGUAUUUAUUAACUUUUCUUUUUGAUGAGAAAAUUUUAAAUCGGUAUCAAUAGUGCCUUACUUUCAUAUUGAACGGUCUAUGGUUUUACCAAGCUUAUUUAUUCCUUUUGUGUGUAGAGAAGAGUAUUGAUUAUCAGUAUGUGUGGGUCCUUUGGUACCUGAUUCUAUUGUACAGAUUCUUUGUUGUGUGAUUGAGCUUUUUUGGUUAAAGGAUGUUUGACUCUUGGUCAAGUCAGGGAAAUAAGAAUGAAAUUGAAAUAUUACAGGUAUUUAUUGUACAUAAUCCUGACUCAAUGGGAAUUAGAUUCUUCCCAGCUAACAGGGAAUGUUCUUAGAACUUUGGCUAACGUUCUGGCAAGGUUCUCCAGUGACGUUAAUGCAAUGUUCGUUCAAAGUUAUCUGGUCUUUAAUAAUGUUCUCAAAACAUUAUCAGUAAAUCAUUGAUCAUGGAACUUUUUUUCUUAAACGUUUAAGUUAAAAAAAAUUUUUAAAUGUUACUACUUGAUUCAGAAUCUUCAUAAAACAUUCAAAAGUAACAUUCCCAAAAUGUUAGCAAAAUGGAACGUUUCCUCAAAGUUCAUGUAACAAAGAAAAUGCUUUUAAAACAUUUAAAAACUAAACAUUUUGAACAUCCAGGAAUACAUGGAAUGUUAGCAAAAUGUUCUUAGAACAUAUUUGUGUUAGCUCAGCUGAUAUUCAAAGGGAUAGUCCCGGCCUGCGGCAGGAUGGAAGGCCAGGGUGGAGCAGACCCUUCAGGCUACCAGGGCAGCCAGGACCCUUCGGGCGUCCAGGGCGGAGCAGGAUGCACAAGCGGUGGCCAGGGCGGUGAAGACCCCUCGGGCGGCCACAGUGGAGAAGACCCCUGGGCAAAAGUGACGCGAACAGUCUCUGGAUCGGCAGACAUGAUGAGAACAGUCUCUGGCUGGGCAGACAUGAUGAGAACAGUCUCUGGCUGGGCAGACGUGAUGAAAACAGUCUCUGGCUGGGCAGACGUGACGUGAAGCAGCUCUGGCUCGGCGGGCUGACGUGAAGAGGGGCAGGCAUGGCGUGAAGCUCAGGCGUGACGUGAAGAUCAGGCUGGGCAGAUGUGACGUGAAGAAACUCAGACUUGGCAGGGAUGAUGGCAGCCAUCCUGGGAAUGAGAAUCAGGCAUAGUCGCUUACUUGGACGGAGAUUACUAUUUAAUGCUGCUGGAUUCAUAACUGCUCGUCGUUCUGUAACGUUGAGGCAGGAGUGAAGCAGAGAGAAUCCAAGUGCAAGCAUUAAUUUAAUAAAAAAACAGGUAAUCCAGGGCAAACCAACAGAACAUGAACUCAGGACACUGAACUCAGGACACGGAACUCAAAGCAGGCGCAAGAAACAGCUACAUAAAACAAAUGACCGACAACCAACAACUGAAGCACAGAGGUUUAAAUACACAGAAAAACAUACUAAACAAGAUAAAAGGGGGGCGGGGCUAAUUAGAAACACCUGGGGAGACGCAUCAUCAAGAAAAACUACAAAGGACUACAAAACAUGGCAUAGAACAGGAAAUAACAAAAGACCACAGAAGACAAGUAAAAUACUGGACAGGAAUCAUGACACUUAUAUAAAUUUUUUAUUUGUUUUUGUGUUCAACAGAAGAAAAAAAUCAUAUUAGUUUUUUAUCAUAUAACCAUUUUAUUUUUGGGGUGAACUACCUCUUUAUGCUUCUAUUUUAAUGGUAGACAAACUGGAUAACAAGACACUGCUCAAAUGUGUUAGGAAACUAUUACUAUCUACUGUAUAAGAUGAAUGUUCGAUUGAAGCAGCAACCAACAUAUUAAUUUUUAAAUAGUGAACUGGAAUGAUAUUGUUCUUAUGGUGAAGAUAAGCUAUUAUUGACAUCAGAGCCAUUCAUAAGUAAAAUCCUGGGAGAAUGGCAUGCAAGGCAUCAGAUUACCUCACUGGACAUGUAACUCUAUACAGCCAUUCUCUCCGAGAUGACUUUCAUAAUGUGAAAUGCUGAAUCACAAUAACAACUGUUUUUCUGUUAUAAGUAAAUGACUUGUUUACAUAAAAGAGACCUGAGCUUAAAGGUAGUUAAACAUUAUGUUCACUUCAGGUCUGAAUGUUACAUUAGACAUCUGCAAGGCAAUAUAUAAUGUAAGGUGUGUAACUGUAACUUAACAAAAUUUAAAUCAAGCCAUGAAAAAGAUUAUUAAGAGAUACCCAGGUCCAUCAUAACAACAUCUAAUGUUAAACGUGUGUAGAGAUAUUCUAGAAGUCCUGGUUAUUAUCUAAAGUUAGUCUGAUUUUAUGUUGAAUUACAUUAUGAGCUAUCACUAGACUGUUGAACGUUGUCUUUUUUUGUCACCAAAUCAUAAAACUGCAAUAUCAUACUGUAUAAUGAUUAUCACAUUCAAGCUAUUUCAUGAAGCUCGAGAUGUUAAUGUUUAUCAUGAAAUGACACUGUGGUGGAAAUGUAAAGUGCAUUCAGACAAAUAAAAUACAUUUGUGUAUAUAUUUUUUAAACAUGCACUGUCCUCUGGCUGUUGCUAUGCUGUUAAUUAAACUGUUUUG